AUGUAUACUGAAGAUAAUCAACAACAACAAAAUUUACAACAACAUCAAACUCAAACUCAACAACCAGAUUCAACUUCAUCUCAUCAAUCAUCAACAUCUGCUACUAAUAAUUCAUCAUUAUCUACAUUAUCAUCAAAUAAUUCAUCUAAUUCAGUAGCAACAGUAGUAUCAGGAGUUACACCUUCACAUCAUCAUCAUCAUCACCCACAUCAUCAUAACCAUCAAAAUCAUCAUCAUCAUCAAUUUAGACAAGUUUGUUUUAAUCCAUCUACAAAAGUUUUAAAUCCAACUCCAACUAAUACUUUGCCAUCAUCAUCAUUAAAUGCAACUACUAAUCCAAAUUCUUUAAUUACACCAACAUCAACUCCAUCAAAUGUUCAUCAAUCACAACAGAACAAUAGUAGACAAGUAUCAUCUACCAGUCAUAAAAGAUUAUCAUCAUCAUCACAAUCAUCUACUAAUUCAUCUGAUUCAAGUAAACGCAUUAGAUUAGAUAAUAAUAACAAUUCAACUUUAGGUAGUUCAACCGCCACCACAACAAAUACUCCAAUAAAUAAAACUCCAAAAUUUAUACGUAAAUUUAGAUCUAGAUCUUUACCAAUUAUAAAUUUUAAUUCAAAUAAUUCAGCAUUUUUUUCUCAUAACUUAAGAAGAAAACAUAAUUUUAAUAAUCAACAACAGCAACAACAACAACAAUCACAGUCGCAACCAACAGCAGCCCCAAACCAACAACAACAGCAACAACAAUCUGUUUUUUCAACUAUUCCUCCAUUGCCACCAAUCAAUUUACAAUCACUUAAAGAAAUUGAUUUACAUGAAAUUUUAAAAAAUCCACAAUUAAGACAUGAUAUAUUAUUUGAUCCUCAAUUACAAUUUAGACCAAAUUUAGAUGGUGAAAGAGGUAAACGUAAAAAAUCAAUUAUUGAUAAAUAUUGGUUAGAAAUUCAAAAAGAAUGUCAACAAUUUUUUAUACCAAAUUUAGAUGCUAAAACUAUUAAAAUAAAUAGAUUACCAAUACUAUUCACUACAUUGAGAGAUAUAUUAUUAUCAUUAUUACCAACAAAAGAUCGUCAACAAGUUAGUGAAAUUAUGGAUAUUGAUUUAUUAGUACAACAAUUACGUCAUGGAUCAUUUGAUUUUGUUGAAAUGAGUAAAUGGUUAGCAGAAGUUUUUAAAUCUCAUUGUGCACCAAUGAGAGAUCAAUGGGUAAUGGAAAUGAGUACAAAAUUCAUUGAUGCAGCAAGUUAUAAUAGUGUCGGAUAUUUAGUUGGUGGAUUAAGAAUGAUUUUUCAAAUUUUGGAAGCAAUGAAAUUAGAUGUUGCAAAUCAUCAAAUUAGAAUUUUAAGACCUGUUUUAAUUGAAACUGCAGUUGAUUUUGAACGUGAUUAUUUUCAAACUUUAAUUAAUCAUCAAAAAAUAAAUAUUAAUGAUUCAUUAAAUUGGUUUUAUAAAAAAUUUGUUAAAAAGACUGAAGAUACCAAAAUUGAAGUUAAUGAAAAUAAUAUAAAACCAAUUGUAAUAAGUUCAAUAAUAGAUUUAUUAUCAUGUCGUCAAAUGGCAACUGAAUUUCCAUCAACUUUAACUUUUGAUCAUACAAGAUUAGUAUUAUUAAGAGCUGAUGUAAGACAAUUAGUUUGUGUACAAUUAUGUGUUGUAUUAUAUAAACAAUUGGUUGUUAACUCAAAAUCAAGUGUUUCAUUAUUAUCACAAGAUCAAAUUACAAAAGUUCAACAAGAAAUAUUGGCUAUUGUUACUGAUGAUAAUGGUAAUAUAAAAUGGACUAAAAAUAUUAAUGCUAUAUCUUUACAACUUGUUAAAAAUUUAUAUCCACAAGGUAAUAAUGAAAAUUUACCAAUUCAUUUAGUUGAAUUUAGUCAUAAUUGGUUAAUGAAACAUAUACAGCCAAAUUCAGAAGUUUAUGGAUUAAUGGAAAUUAAAAUUUUUAAAGAAUUAUUAAAUGAAAUAAUGUCUUUAGUAAUUUCAGAAUCUGAAAAAGAAGAAAGUAAGAAUAAUACAAUUAAUUCAAACAACUCAACUACCACCACCAACAACAACAACACAACCAAUAAUACAUCAGAAAUGAAAAACAUAGCAACAAGAAUAUCAACAUUAGUUAAUUUCCAUUGGAACGUAUUUGGAUCAUAUUAUUUAGAAUAUAUUAAAAAUCAAUAUACUAAAUUACAAUUAUUACAAGCAGCAGAAGAAGAAGAAAAAAGACAACAACAAUUAAAAUUAAAUGUUGGAAAUUCAUCACCAAAACAACAAGAUGAUAAUUCAGUAAUAUUGGAUCAUUCACAACAAUCACAACAAACUAGAGAUCAUAGAAAUAAUACUAAUGGUGGUCAAAACACCAAUAAUAAUAAUAAUGGAGAAAUUGAUUCAAAUAGCAACAGUAAUAAUCCAAAUUCAGCUCCAUUAAGUAUGUUAUCUUAG